CAAACCCACAGGUGUUUUCUGGAAGCUUCUGGAAGGUGCUGGCAACGGAGGCAGGGAGGACACUGGCAUCGCACAGGGUCGGCGGCAGAGCCGCUGUCCGUUUCAUGUCUGCCGGGGGAGGAAACGGCUUGGAGACUUGCAGGGUUGGUACAGUAGGCCUCACUAAACUUAGCUGCAACUAAGAAUUUCUCCUACAUCAACAAAGUUAAUGAUGAUGCUCUUGUGGAUUGGAGAAUAAAGUGCACACUAAGUAUUUAAGAAGCGGAAAAAAAAUUAUCUUCUCAGAUUUAUACUGCAUCCACUGCUAUCAAGACAGCAAACCAAAGGACAGAUUUUUGAUCCACAGUGUUUAUAAAACUAAACUGAUUUAUCUUACUAAGGCUCGGGGUUUGUGACCUGGACAUCAGCAUUUGGAAGUUACUUGUUUUACAAAAAUGAGGGCGGCUUUGCAACCAGCAGACAUUGCCAUUGUGGCGCUCUAUUUUGUGCUUGUUUUGUGCAUAGGCUUUUUUGCCAUGUGGAAAUCCAAUCGAAGCACUGUAAGUGGGUACUUCCUUGCAGGGCGAUCUAUGACAUGGGUUGCAAUUGGUGCUUCUUUGUUUGUAAGCAACAUCGGAAGUGAACACUUCAUUGGGCUUGCAGGAUCUGGAGCAGCAAGCGGAUUUGCCGUGGGGGCAUGGGAAUUCAAUGCCUUAUUGCUUUUGCAACUCUUGGGAUGGAUUUUUGUUCCGGUCUACAUACAAUCUGGAAUAUAUACCAUGCCUGGGUACUUAUCCAAACGAUUUGGAGGGCACAGAAUUCAAGUAUAUUUUGCUGUUUUGUCUCUAAUUCUCUAUAUCUUCACCAAACUCUCAGUAGAUUUGUAUUCAGGAGCAUUGUUCAUUCAGGAAUCAUUGGGCUGGAAUAUUUAUUUAUCAGUGAUACUUUUGAUUGGAAUGACUGCAUUGCUGACAGUGACUGGAGGUCUUGUGGCAGUUAUCUACACAGACACAGUUCAAGCUUUGCUUAUGAUUAUUGGUGCCUUCACACUUAUGAUCAUAAGUAUUACAGAAGUGGGUGGAUUUGAAGAGCUUAAACGAAGAUACAUGUUGGCCAAACCAAAUGUUACAUCGAUUUUAUUGACACAUAAUCUUUCCAGUACUAAUCAUUGCCAUGUUGACCCAAAACCUGACGCACUGAAAAUGUUACGUGAACCAACUGAUGAAGAUAUACCUUGGCCUGGUUUCAUUUUGGGACAGACUCCAGCUUCCGUAUGGUACUGGUGUGCAGACCAAGUAAUUGUCCAGAGAGUGUUAGCAGCAAAAAAUAUUGCUCAUGCCAAAGGAUCCACUCUGAUGGCAGGUUUUUUAAAACUCUUACCUAUGUUCCUUAUAGUUGUUCCGGGUAUGAUAUCACGGAUAUUGUUUGCAGAUGACAUUGCAUGCAUCAAUCCAGAACAUUGUAUGAAAGUUUGUGGAAGCAGAGCUGGAUGCUCUAACAUUGCCUAUCCGCGUCUGGUAAUGAAUCUUGUUCCUGUUGGUCUGCGGGGCCUUAUGAUGGCUGUAAUGAUUGCUGCACUAAUGAGUGAUUUGGACUCUAUAUUUAACAGUGCCAGUACCAUCUUUACACUGGAUAUAUAUAAGCUCCUCGUAAGGAAGAAUGCAUCAUCCAGAGAACUGAUGAUUGUUGGAAGAGUUUUUGUUGCUUUCAUGGUUGCAAUAAGCAUUGCUUGGGUCCCAAUAAUAGUGGAAAUGCAAGGAGGUCAAAUGUAUCUAUAUAUACAAGAGGUAGCGGACUAUUUGACUCCUCCAGUGGCUGCUAUAUUUCUUUUAGGUGUGUUCUGGAAGCGUUGUAAUGAACAAGGGGCUUUCUUUGGUGGGAUGGUUGGAUUUGCUUUAGGAGCUGCACGGCUGAUUCUGGCAUUUAUCUAUCGUGUCCCUGAAUGUAACCAGCCAGACACUAGACCAUUCUUUAUCAAGAACAUCCAUUAUAUGUAUGUUGCUACCGGACUGUUUUGGAUCACUGGAAUUGUGGCUAUAAUAAUCAGCUUUUUGACCCCACCACCUUCAAAGGAACAAAUUCGUACAACUACAUUUUGGUCUACAAAAAACAGAACUGUGAAAGAAAAUACAUUAACAAGCAGUCCAUAUGAAGCCCAAGAGAAGAAUGUGUUAAAGUAUGGUGUAAUGGUAUCUUCAAAUGGGAAAUCUGAAGAAAAUGUUAAAAAUGACCAGCCUGAAAAUGUCAAUCUUCUAAUUACUUCCAGGGUGGAUAGCAGUCCAGUGAUUACUUUUAACUGUGAAGUUGAAACACCAGUUGAUUGUUACUCUAAUGGGCAGGCAGCUCUUAUGGGUAACAAGAAGAGUGAAGAGAUUGAGAGUAAUGACAAAGACUGGAAGUUUAUAGAUUGGUUCUGUGGCUUUAAAAGCAAAAAUGUGAACAAUAGAGUCAUCCAAGAAAAGAGGGAAGAAGAGACUAUUUGUCUACAAAUGCUGGAAGAGACUCCAAAAGUUAAAUUAUUACUUAAUGGUGGAUUAUUUUGUGUGUGUUUUCUUGGAAUAUUCAUGUUUGUUUAUUUUUCUUUGUGAACAGUUUUUUAAAGAGUGUGGCCUGACAUUCAAAAAACAGACAACAGGUCCUUGGAGAAAUACAUAAUUAUGUGUGUUAUAUGUCUCAUAUCUCAGGCUUCCUUUGCAUUAUUGUUUUCAACCAGCUUGAAAAUCAUUACAAAUCGUGUAGCUUAGUGUUUUUAUUUCAGUGCAGAAUGGGGAUUUUAUUCAAUACCAAAAGUUGAAUUUCAAUAUAUCAAAGUAAGAAAUUAAUUUGUUAAAAUAAAUAAUCACAAUAAUUUGCAAAUGGUCACGGUGAAACUAGUGUUAGUGUUGGUACUAACACUUCAAAUAUUGGUAAAUUACACAUAUACAGUUAUGAGUCAUCUUAAUAAUUUCUGAUUAUUUUCCUUUUACCCAGUACUCAAAACAUUGUUUUUGACUAGGUUCCCAACAAAUAUCUAAGUAUUAAAACUGAAUUACACAAUGAUAAUUCAUAUCAUCUAAAAUUAUUAUGCACCCACUGAGUACAAUACUUCCCUUUCUCAAUUCACUAGAUGAAGUAUUUAUCAAUAAUAGCAGUAAGUUUGAAAAAAAAAUUCAAAUUACGCAGAAAGAAUGGUCCAGUUUACAUCUCCCUAGUUGAUACUCUACAAAUUGAUUUAAGUUUUCUUUGCAAAUUAUCCUGUUUGGUGUUACAGUUCAGAUUACUUGGAGACAAAAUGGCAGUAUAAAUGGUGGUAAACCCCUCCCCCCAAAUAAUCCCCCAAGUAUUUUCAGCUAAAAAUACUUCUUGGGUAUGUUGGGAUGUUUUCCUAAAAUUGAAUUUACACAUUAACAUUGUAGGACUAGGUGAUUCCUCCAACCUCUUGCAGAAUGAAAAGUAAAAAAAAAUCCCUAACAACCUCUAGCAUCCUCUUUGUGAAACCACCCUUUGUGAAAUCUUUUCCACGGUAAAAAAAAAAGCCACUGUGAAAUAAGCAAUUUUGUACAAAAGAAGACUUUUUUCUUUUUUUUAUUGAAAAAGUUUUUAAAAAACAAAAACAUUUCCCCCCCCCCUUUUUCCCCCCUCCCUCCCAAACCGCCCCCCCCCCGCUUCCCGGGUCAAUCACAAGGUAUUGUUAUACAUAAACCAAACAUAGAGUAAAAUUUUUCCCUUCUAAUCCAAUUAACCUCAUCCAAGAAGACUUUUUUUUUUAACUUCCCUUUUUCCAAGUUCAGAAUUUAGUGACAUCCCCUCCCCCCAUCUUUCCAGCAACUCAGAUGGGGUUUAUGUUCUUCUCAGCCACCAUUAUCACUCCCUCCAAUGUUCCAACCCUCUCCCUAUGCAUAAGCCAAACAAGCCCUGGGUUGUGGUGGUUUUUUUUUUAAACUGCAUAGACUAAAACAGUGGAAACAUCACGUUUUAGUUUGGGCUCAGAUAACAGAAAGUCAGCUGUUAUGUGUUUGGAAGAAUCUCCUGUUCUGAGGCCGUAGUUAUAGCAAAGACAGAAAAAUGACUCUUACCUCCUCCCUAUCUCGUGCCAAUUUUUAAUACCCAGUUUGAAAUGGCUGUGCGAGGAGCAAUAGAUGCACUCUCCAUUACAGUGCUGGCAUUCACAGGGCCAAUGGAAGCAGAAACUGGCAGACACAAAUAAACUUAUGACUUUUGACAAAAAUAUAUACCAUUCUAUAGUAUCAUUCAUAACUGGCUAGAGGGAAUUUGUCCUUUGUUUAGAAUUGAGCUCACCUCUGCAGUUUUGCAACAAAAUGCAUUCUUGCACUUCAAAGUGGUAAAGUUAUGCCCCAUCAGAUGCAUUGUACUUCUCUUGCUCCCUGGCCUUUGGUCAUGCUAUCUGCAGCUGAUGGAAAUUCAAAUAUUCUAACAUUGGAGGACCAUAAGUUCUGUCUGUAAUUGGAACUGCAGAACUGAAGCAUCUAAUGCAAAAAAUACAUUUACUUUCUUUUCUUUUUUAUCUGUACCUUAGAACAGAUUGAGAUUGCAGUGACUAUUAUAACAGCAUAAUAAGAUAACCAAAAAUUGACUUGACUCAUUGGCAAUAGCAUAUUGAGUCAUUUUGCUUUAGACUUUUUCCCACAAGGUUGGUGAAAAAAAUGUCAUUUAUUACUGAAUAAUAAAUGAUAUUUAUUAUUAUGGCAUUAAGUGACAUUUAUUACCGAAUGAUGGAAUUAAUAUGAAAAAUAUAAAGACAUUAAAUUGUGGUUUCAAUCUUGAUUAUACGAUAUAAUUUUAAAAGCAGUGUAUGUAUUUUGUAAAUACUGUAGCAGGUUUAUGUUUUUAUUGGCUUCUACCAUGAAUUGAGCUUCUUUGUGAACAGGACCAAAAAGCCUUUUCAAGGCACGUGUAAUAAAUACUUCAUUGAUGCUAAAAAAAAGUGCUUUAGAGCAGGUAGUGGGUUAUUCUGGUACCUCACAAACUCAAAUGCAUAUUUUCCUGGGCUAUAGCUGCUUUAUAAGCCAAGAAGAAAGUACAGCUUCUUUAAGGAGGUAUUGACCAAUGUGGCAUGUGUGUUCAUGCUGGCUCCAAAGCUCCUUUUUGGCUUCAGAUCUGAAGUAGUGCACAUAUUUGCCUUCCAUGACUAGAGACCCCAGAUGAUGCUAGUGAUGAAAGGUGGAUUUCUCCUGAGGUAAGGUAGCAUUGCUCUUUCUAGUACUCUUAAAGUACUCAGUAUAUUGAAUGAGUUGCUAGCAUUGACAUGCAGAUUGGCUAGCUCAGGGAUCGAUUUCCCUCCCUUUUCCUCCCAAGGUAUUUCCCUCAAAAUACCUUGAAUAGCCUUACAGACACAUUAAAAUAGCAGUGUCCAAUACUCUCACUGUCUUAAUCUCAAGUAAUUUAUUACGUGUGUGGUAUUAUGAAUACAUAUGGCAGAGUUAAUUCUGAGUCUAUUUGAAAUUGGACCAAUUAACCAGUAAGGGAAAUUUUGCCACAUUUUAAAAAUGUAUCAAUUAAUAUUUGAGAAUUCCAGUAACAUUCCCUUUCCUACUUUAUAUAGUUUAGACUAUAUAAAUGCUAGUCAUAUGUUUAGUUCUUUUGUUAUGUGUGGAGAUCCUGAAUAAUGCGUCUCUGCCUUUUGACUAAGAUUCAGUAUAGUACAGGCAGUCCUUGACUCAUAAUCAUAAUUGUGGCCGCGAUUACAGUCAUAAGUCAUGCUGAUCAUUAACCAGAUCAUCAUAUAACUGACCUGAUUUUACAACAUUUCCUGCAGCAGUUAAGAGAAUUACAGUGGUCAUUAAGUGACAUAUGCCACUGUUAAGUAAAUGCUGUGAUCAUUAAGUGAACCCAUUGUCUACAACGGGCAUUUUUUGCUGGAAAACAGAAGUAAACCUUGGUUUCUGGCAAAAUACAUAAGUUGAGGACCAUUGUAUCAUGUCAACAAGUAAGUAGCAGCAAAUGAGUCUAGAAUACAUCAUGCCAUCUUUGUGGGAACAAUAGUUUCCAAAUCACUUUGGAAUUAACAGUGAGCAAACAAGCUAUUUGAAUACACUGUGCACAAUUAUUGGAAUACAGUAUGUAGUGAAUGGUAUUGUGCUUAUUUAUUGAAAUCUCUUAAACUUGAAUUAGGGAACCAGUUUGUAGACUUUUUUUAAAAAAAAAUGGUUAUAUGGGACAGAUGGAUGCCGUAGUCAUCAAAUGGGUAAAGCCAGUUUUUCCAUUUUAAAACAUUUGGGGGGGGGGAUUAUAGUGCAAUAAUCUUUCUAAAGGUACAACCAAUGAUUUUUACCAUCCCUUUCACCUGUAAAAUCAGUGCUCCCAGUACUGCUUGAUGAUUAACUCCUGAGCUUCUGCAGUGAUGGCAGAACAGGAUUUGGGGGCUAUAUGUAGCUACAGUAUAGGUUGUUUAUAAGUUGUUAACCUUUGGUUAAAUUGUUAAAUGGGCAGUCAGGCCACAAUUUCAUACUUUGUUUUGUUAAUUAGGGUUAAUUGAAGUAGACUGCAAGUUUCUACUUAACAUAGAAAUAUGGUAUGUUCUUUUUGGUUGUGAGGGUUUGCUAUGAGUGUGACAUUUUGAAACACUUUUAUUGAUUCCCAUGUUCUAAGAUGGUUGUCUAUACUGGGCUGCAUAAUGUUCUAAAUUCUAGAAUGUGACAACCCUGUUUUUGUUAUUUGUUUGUGGUACAGGAAAAUCUAAGUGUUACUUCUAGUUUCUUUUAUCAGUAUAAGAAUCAUUUCAACUGAAUUUUCUAUAUUCCUUUAUUCUUACUACUGAACAUUUCUUUUAUAUAAUUCUUCAAAUUAAGUAAGUAAAUGUGUAAUAGCUUGUUAUAGUGCCUUUUAGUAGCAAAGUAUAACCUUGUCAGGUUGCCACAUCUCAUUGUGAUGAAAACAUUUAUUUUUUGCUGACUUCACAUUUUUAUCUAUGCCAUAAAGGAGCACAUAUAUUUUUCUAAGUAGAACUGUAAGUCUAGUCUUGAAGACGAAUUAAAUAGUAAAUCAUAGCCUACAUUGAUUGAUAAUGGCCGUUCAGUAUUUAUUUUUACAUUAACGGAAGGCAUAAUAUGUACAACACUCUUAAAAAUUAGGAAAGUGUAGCAUUUUAAUAAAGAUAAACAAUCCUAAAUUUCUAAUACCACUGCAAAAUCAGUUCUAAUAAAUAACACUAAAUAGCAUUCCAACUUGGAUGAUCGUUUUGACUAUCCUGGGAAUUCUUUUACAUUCCAUGAAUAAGUGUUUGUUGGUCUUCUGAUCAGCAAUGUAGACUCUUUAGCUAAUAACAGUCCUUCUAUUUUACGGUUUAGUGUACAAUUUCUGGUGGUACCCAAACGAAAGUGCAAAUUUCUCAUGGAUCAGCUUUACUUCUUAACACCUAAGCAAUUUUCCAGUGUGUUUAAUAGUUUAGAUUUGCCUUCCUCAGUCACAGAGCUGCUGUCUAAUGCUGGAAUUCUGGUAAGUGUCUAGAACAUCUGGAGAAUUCUAGUUUAGUCUACAUGCAGGAAUGUACAAAAAUUUCUCUUAAUGUAUCCAGGCAAUUUCAUGGGAUCCCCCCCCCCCGAAUUUUUGUGACAUAGUAUUGUCUUGUAUAUUAUCAUAGCAGUUGAUCAAGAAUACCUUUUUAAGAAAUAUAAUGGGCUUUUAAUUUGUAUAUUUAAAUGUACGGAAAGAUGUAUGAGGGCUUUAUUUUUCUACUAUAUUCAGGGAAAUCAUAGCUUCUAUUCUGGAAAGUACUUUAUUCUCUUUUUUUGCCAAAGUUGUCCUUCCAUCCCAUUUCACUGCUUUGCUAUACAAAUACAAAAGAAGAUGGUAAGCUGACUGCUUCACUUUUCUUUCUAUAAUUUUAAACUAGUAUUUUAGUGUCCUUACACCUCAGAAAUCAGUUCUAAUGAAUAAUAUUUUCCUAAAUGAAAAAAAGAAGGGUGUGGGCUGUAGGCUGUCAAGCUCUAAUAAGCAGGGUGUCAAACUCGGAUUUCAUUGAGGGCCACAUCAGGGUUUUAUUUGACCUUGGGGCCAGGGUGAGCGUGACGAGCUCAAUGUCACUCAUGUCGAGGAUCCCUGUGGUGACAGUGCUCUGGCAGCAAAAACAGCUCCUGAGCUCCGUUUUUGGCUGUGACACUUUCUGCAAUCCUCUGCCAGUGAAAACAGCUCCGGAGGAUACCUCUCGAGCUCCGUUUUCACUGGCAGAGGCACGGUCGGCCAGUCCUUUGCCCUUUCCAGGGCGGCCCCACAGCCCAGAUCUAAGCACCCUGGGAGGAGGAUCCGACCCCCAGGCCUUGAGUUUAAAACCCCUGUAAUAAGGACACUUAUCAGAAAACAAUGAUUUAGUAGCAUACCUUUAUUUUAAAUUCUUAAUCUAAGGUAAAUUAUUAUGUUUUGUAUGAGUUGUCUACAAGAGAAACUCCUCCCUCCCCCAGAAACUGCAUACUGAAUUCAUAAAUUUAGUUUUUUACGGAAAACUUUAAAUUAUGUAUUUAAAGUUAGGAAUUUAAUUGUUCAGUAUAUUCUGUAUUCUGUGCCCUUAACGUUUUGAAAAUAAAGCUAGUGUUAUUACAUGUGAUGUUAUGAAUUAAAGGUGAGUAAAGUACUUAAAAACUUUUUCAAGAUAAGUGUAUAAUUCAGUGAUGUUUAAAUGUAUUUUUGUUAGCUUUAGAAUAGUUGAAAUGUAACUUGAUAUAAUUAAAAGUCCUUAUUUCAGAGUUUUUUAAAUCCUGCUUACAAAAUAGCACACUCAUAGGCACACACACAUAAACACACACACACACUGCAUAACUAUUUCUGGGAAUGUUUUGUUUUUUUAAACAAAUACUUCAUUUGUGUUCUGAUUUUGUGUAAAAUGUUCCAUAGUGCUGUAAUGCACUAUGUAAGAUUCUUCAUGGGCAAAGUCAGGUACUGAGCAAUGAUGGCAAUGACAUACGACAGUCAUUGUUUAUGAACACAUACGAAAGUGUUUAUGAACACAUGCUUUUAAAUGAGGUGGUUAUAAAAAUAGUUGCUGUGCAAAAAAAAAACCUAGUAGUCUUCUUCAAGAAGAAAGCAAGUUCUUUUAUUAAGUAAAUACCUUUUUCUUCAUCCUUUAAGUUUUAAAUACAGUGUCAGUGUGAUGCUAAUUUUUCUUUCACCUUUGGAUAUAUAUAAGUAUACUUUUAAAAAAAUGUUUGGUAUCUUGUUUUUGUUGCUGUUGUAUUUUCUACAAUGUGUGUAAAUUAGAAGUCAAUAGUUUUUUAAAACAUUUCACAGAGCAAAAAAAUAAAAUGGUAAUGUGGAACAUGUCAAGUGUUUAAACUUUAGGGGAAAAUGAAUCAACUAAGCAUAAAUAUGUAUAAACUUACUUCUAGAUGUCUUAAAUAAAAAAUCUUAAAUGCCCAUGAUCUGUCGAUAAAGGACAUAUUAUUCAAUGAAAUAGAAUUAUUACAGUAGGAAUAUAGAUCUAGAAAUGUUAAGGAAAUGAAUAUUUCUUGAUAGAACAUUACUAUGAUCUUUCCCAGAGUUUGUCAUGGAAUGAAGGCUUAAGUAUAGAACAUUGUCAAUAAGAUAUUGAAGAAAACUGUUUUGGAGAACUCUGAUCUUAUUGCUAGUUGUAUGUAUAUUGCUUGUUGUAUACUGUAUCUGUAUUUUUGCCUCCUCGAUUAGUCUUCAACAUGAAACUCUUAUUAGAGUAUUUGUAUAAUUAAAACUGUAUUUCUUGCAGUUUACAUUUUUUGAAUAUAGAAUUUUGUCCUGUCCAAGUUACUGUGUGAAAAUGUUUAAAACUUCUGUACAAAGUUUAAAUAAAAAGUACAAAAAUGCAAGUAUUUCUGAAAUGAUCUUAGAAGUUAACUUAAUAGGUAAAUAUUCUUGAGAGUCUGCUGUGUCUAAAAUUUUUAUUCAAUUUUGUUAAGAGAUUUAUGUGAACAAUUUAUGAUACUCCAAUUUAGACAGUGGUAAUUAACAGAAAAUAAUUCUAGAUAGCUUACGGCACCAAUAUUUUAAUGGAAUCAUUUGUCUGCUUCAAUUCUGUGUGCAUUUUAUUGUUUUCUAAAAUGCAAAACAAGGGAACUGGUCUCAGAUGCAUUGGAAGUUGAUUAUAAAGGUUUGCUGCCACAUUAGGGCUUUACUGGUAAGUAGCUGACUUUAAAUUGAGUGCAGUACACUAUAUUAUCUGCAGCCAGUAUAGCACCUGAAAAGUAAGGAUAACAUGGCCAAUAUACUACUCUAGACAGUUUAGUGCACCAGCUGUAAUCUCCAGAUUGUUUCAAGGGUAGAAUUAUAUGGAAUAAUUUAGUUGAGAUUGCCAGAGCACGUACUGCUGAGAUCAGGCUUUUUUAUCCAUAAAUUGCUAAAUUUGACUCACUGUCUGAAGCUGGCAUAGGUUCUCCUUACUGAGGCACUUUCAGUGAUUAUUUGGUAUCCAAGAGUAGCCAUACAUCCUAUACUUGGUUUUAUAGGGCAAGUGUCAUCCUAUGUAGUAUUGUGUUAAGGACAGUUUCUGGAUAGACUUAUUCGGAGAUGAUGAACUUCCACGCUAAUGUUUAUCUUUCUAUGAUUCAUCUUCAGGCAAUUGGCCUUCAUCUAGCUCUUCACAGCCCACCAGCAUUCUUCUAUUAGCAUUCGUCUAUUGAUUUGCCUGGGUCAGACGAAAAAGACAAAAUUGAGAGGCAUUUGUAUAUCUCUUUUCAAACCUCAGCCUUUCCCAAUGGCUUUAUACAGGCUUCAGCACCAUGGGAGAUCAGAUCAAAUGCAAUGGAAUUCCGUACAUGAUUACCAUGGUAUUGAACAGGUCCUCCAGUCCUAUUUUGAUUAUGGUUCUGCAGGCAGGAAUACAAACACUACAAUACAGUGUCUUUAGUUGUCAACUUGCUGAACCAUCCAAUGAGAUACUAUGGUCUAUGCUAUUACAAGCUUCUGAGAGAUUAAGGACAGUAAAUAAGAAUAGCACAGCAUUCCUACUCAUUUUUCUAAAUGUUAGGCAACCAAUCUGCUGAUCUUAAUUGUUUUUUCCCCAAUUAGAGUAGUUCCUAAUUCUCAUAGAAAUGGGAGCUAUGGGCCCAUAGCUUGCUUACUCUGAUAGUACAUAAAUACUGGUGGGUUUUAAACUAACAUUUGACUAAUUAAGAAAUAACUUGAUCAUGUUGGAUAAUUUAAUGAAAAUUACAACUCGGGUACAACAGUUGUGAAAAGUGCAAAUCCCCUAUUAUGAGUCACGAAGGAGUUGAAAUGACAGUACUGAAUAUCUCUCAGGAGUACUCUGUUUUAAAUACUGUUUACAGUCCUGGUUGGUUUAUCCAGAAAGAAAAUUGUAGAGCUGGGAAAGAAGGAUGAAAUUUAUAACUAGUAAGUUGUACUUUUAGUUAAAAAAAAGGAAAAGAAAAUAUUUAGAUAUUGUAACUAGUUUAUAUUUAUGAGCCACAGUGGUUAGAAUGCAGUAGUGUAGGAUACUGCUGGUGACAGCCGGCUGCCUGCAAUUUGGCAGAUCCAAUCUCACCAGACUCAAGGUUGACUCAGCCUUUUAUCCUUCCAUCCUUCCGAGGAGGGUAAAAUGAGGACCCAGAUUAUUGGGGGCAAUAUGCUGACUCUGUAAACCACUUAGAGAGGCUGUAAAAGCACUGUGAAGUGGUAUAGAAGUCUUUAUUGCUAUUGCUAUUACUAUGAUAGUUGCAGUGUCCUGGGGUCAUCUGAUCAUCUUUUGUGACCUUUUGACAAGCAAAAUCAACAAGAAGCCAGAUUCAUCUAACCCAUGUUACCAAUUUAACUGUUGUGAUUCACUUAACAACUGUGGCAAGAAAAGUUGUAAAAUUGGGCAAAACUAACAACUAUCUUGCUUAGCAACAGAAACUUUGGGCUCAAUUGUGGUUGUAAAUUGAGGAUUAUGUAAUGUAGCUGAGGGGAGAUAUAACCAAUGAUUAGAAAAUAAUGCAUGCUGUAAUAAAAUGGAUAUUAAUCAUAUUUCCAUCUUAUACUAUAGCUCUGGGGAGACCGACAGGUGGUGGAUUGAAGAUGUGAUAGUCUCUAGCUUGCAUUAUUUUGGUAAAAUCAGAGCCCGAAGGUAGUGAUUAAGCUACCUGGUUCAAAGAGAGCAAUAGAUAUGGUGGAAAUGCUGAGGAGCAGAUUGCUAUUACUAUCUUGAAACAUUUUAAUUUUAUACUAGAUUAUCUUUGGUUUGACCCAGCAAGAAUCUGUUAAAUGUUUCAGUUUAAAAGCUUAGAGUAACACAACCUAUAUAAAGUUGAACGGAGAUGCUAUAGACAAUAACAUACAGCUAUACAGAUAUGAUAAAAUACAUCCUUGUUUCUUUAGAGUUGUCGUGUCCCACUCCCACUCUCACGAACGAGUCAAGGAAGUCCGUAACAAACUUGGCAAAGAAGCCUUUGCAGCUUGCCAAAUUCCUUCGAGGUUUAUCAGGGCAGGCAGGAGUCCAAGUUGUGACUUCAGCGAUAGAGUCCAAUAUCAGCAAACUAGAUAAGACUUUGCUUGACUCAAGGUUGGAAUGCCAAAAGCAGGUCCUUUAUAUAGGCUGUGGGGUGUGGCUCCAUGACUCAGCAUUUAUCCAGGCCUGCCCCACCCCUCCUUCUGCUGGCAUCGCCUCUCAGAUCUCCGGAAGCGAGGGUCCUCCCAAUCUGAAUUGUCUUCAGCUCGAUCUGCUGUCAGGGAAAGGGAGGGGUCAGAGGGAGUAGGGCCGAAUAAUUCCAGCACCUGGCUGGCUUCCUGCUCUGAAGGCUGAGCCGAAGGAACAUACGCUGUAUGAGUGAGGUUUAUCGGGCUUGUCCUUUCACUCCUGGAAUCCUCUCCGGGCAUGGGGCCAGGGCCAGGGGAUGGAGGCAUGACAGGCCAUUCAUCUUCAUUAUCAGACUCAGAGUCUGAUAAAAGGCCCGGUUGGAGACGGGAGGGGCCCGUCUGAGGAGAGGAGGGAGGACGAGUCACAACAAGAGUAUUACUUAAAUAUCUGUUUCCCCUUUCACAUCAGAUUAUAGGCAGGUCUAACCCAUGAGUGACAUGCCGCCCUGGAUAGUUAAUGCAGCUUCACAAAAUAAUAACCUUUAAUAUAAUUAUGUGAUUAAGAUUGGUCAACCAUAUUAUAUAUAUUUUAUAUGCACCUCAAGACAAUUCCUCUUCACGAUCUAAAAUAUUGAAUUCCUCUCUUAAUUGAAUUUUCUUAACUAUACUAAAGUGUACCUAAGAAGGAGUUGUUUUCAGUUUUUUGUACAUUCUUGCAAAUAGGUAAGAGAGUAAUCAAACUUUUGGGACUUCUCCUUCCUUUAACGUCUGUCUUUUCUCCCCUU